AUGGGUUUAUCCCAAGGCCCCUGCACUGAUUCCAGGGACCUUUCCAAUAUCCCAACCUCUUCCCCCUUAGUUGUAGAUCACUACUGUGACUACAACAAGCUCAAAUUCAGAAGCUUUCUCAGAAAAAUGUUCUUGGAAUUCGGUCUUGCCUGUGUGGCCAACCCUGCCCGGCGCCGGAGGAGUUCCGAGAGGGGCCAGAGCGACGGCAAGAAGACGAAUUUGGAGCACAACAAGGCGUGGUUGCUCGCGGAGUCUGGAGGUUGUGGAGCAGAGUUGUCCAAUGCUGACCCUCAAUCGGUUCACUCCUCUUUCAGGUUCAGUUUCUGUUCUCAGGUUGAGUUGGAGUCCCUCAACAUGAGUUCUUCCAGUGCUGCAACCGUUUUAAUGGUGAAUUUGGACAAUGGGGUGAGUGAAUCCCGCGCCAAGGAAAUCAAAUGGAGGAGAAUGGAGUCCCUGGAGAAGAGCAUUUCCCCUGUGGCUCACACCUUGAUCAGGUUCAGCUAUGGUGAAAUUCUCUCUGCUACUAGAAAUUUCUCCAAGGGGAGGGUGUUGGGGAGAGGGGCAUUGAGCUGUGUGUUUAGGGGGAGAGUUGGGCUUUUGAGGACUGCUGUGGCAAUCAAACGGUUGGACAAGGAAGACAAGGAAUCUGCCAAGGCCUUCUGUAGAGAAUUGAUGAUUGCCAGUUCUCUUCACAGUUCAAAUGUUGUUCCCCUUGUGGGGUUUUGUAUUGAUCCUGAGGAGGGUUUGUUUUUGGUGUACAAAUAUGUCUCAGGGGGCAGUCUGGAGCGCCACUUGCAUGGAAGAAAGAAGGUUAGUUCACCUCUUCCAUGGUCUGUGAGGUACAAAGUUGCAAUUGGGAUUGCUGAAGCUGUGGCUUAUCUGCAUAGUGGAACUGAAAGAUGUGUUGUGCACAGAGACAUUAAGCCCUCAAACAUUCUGCUUUCUUCAAGGAAGACUCCCAAGCUAUGUGAUUUUGGAUUAGCUACAUGGACCUCUGCACCUUCAGUUCCUUUCCUUUGCAAAACCGUAAAAGGAACAUUCGGAUAUCUGGCUCCUGAGUAUUUCCAACAUGGGAAAGUAUCGGAUAAGACUGAUGUAUAUGCUUUUGGAGUGGUUUUACUGGAACUCAUUACUGGUCGGAAGCCAAUUGAGGCAAGAAGACCUUCAGGAGAAGAAAACUUGGUCUUAUGGGCUAAACCUUUUCUACAGAAAGGGAAAGGUGCCAUUGAAGAAUUGCUUGAUCCUCAACUCAAGUGCAGUCUGAGAUUCUCAAAUCAAAUGGGUAGAAUGAUUGAAGCAGCAGCUGCCUGUGUCACAAAUGAAGAAUCUCGGAGACCUGGCAUACGUGAGAUUAUUGCAAUACUGAAGGGUGAAGAAGAGCCUCUUUUGUCUAAAAGAAAGAAAUCCAGUUUUCUUGGGAAUGGAUGCGUGAUUGAUUGUUAUUCCCAGUUACAACAAACAAAUAAUGAGAUGAAAAGUCACUUGGCUUUAGCAAUGCUAGGAGUUGCAGAGUUUGAGGAUGAUGACUAUCUCUACGGUCGAUAG